CUUUGAAUCAGUUUCAUAAAACAUAAAAGAAAAAAAAAAGAAACGAAGGAGGGAGAAAGCAGGGGAGGGCGACAGAGGGCUCGAAGCAGGGGUUUUGUGGGUCGUUUUGGCCGGUGAUUUCCGGCGGAAUUCAGGCGAGCAGGGAUGCUGGGUUGGGCGUGGGUCACGACGCAGUAGAGGAGGCUGCGACGGGCUGUAGGGGGGCGCGCGAAGUCGCGAGGGUGAGGCACAACUUAGGUGAUUCGAGGGUGGUCAGUUUUGACUGGUGGUUUUGGUGGCUGGCGCGGAUUUUCUGUGGUGGUUCAAGGGUGGUGAUAAUGGUGGGUUUUCAAUUUUUUUAUUUUAACCUUUAAAAAAUAGAAAUUCAGAAUUUAAAGAGGGAGAGAGAUAAUUGAAGCAAACCUUUUUUUUUUUUUUUGUUUGCUUGAGGUUUUUAGUGGAUGAGUUCAAUAUUUAUAGAGGGAUUUGGUCAGAAAAUUUUAGCUUGGUCAAGCUGCAUUAAUGGAGGAAAGCAGCGCCUCAUCCAAGCCAGUAGAAAUGUCAACGACAAAUCGUCAAUGGAGUAUCGGAGAACUUAGUUUGGGUAAGAGAGUACUAAAGGAGUACUCAACAAAUGGGUUUCAUUACAACCAUGGAGGUGAUUACUGGAACCUGCAAAUUUGGUUGGAAUUUCUGGCUCGAUACAAUUCUCUGGCACGGCAACAAUCCUUGCCGGUGCUGAAUGGCACAGAAUUUCUCGAUCUGGGCAAACGUCUCCAAAGUGAAUAUUGUUUGGCCAGAAAUAGGGCCAAAUCUUAUGGCCAUACAGAUAUGGAAGAUGUAUUCAGCCCUUGUCCUAAUUGCCAGAGGAGGAUCCCUGUCUUCCUAAAACAUCUUCCGAGCGGAUCAAAUUCCCUUUCCAAUACCACUUCCGAAGCUUUUGGCAAUGACUCAAACAAUGGUGGCGGGCAGGAACUCAAUAGUGAUGGUGGUCGAUCGAAAAUCGUUGAACAAAAGGUGAAGGAAAGUGGUUGGCUGAUCACUUAUUAGAUCAGCAUGUUGCUGAGCUCUUUUCAGCGCCCGAAUUGCGUGAAGAUGUAUGGUAUGAAUUCCUGUUAGAUGAUACCAUACCAAUCACUCGAAAAUCCCAAUUGUUGAUUGUAAAGUUUUGUGGUGGUGCUAGUACCUCUAGGCAGUAGAUGAUGAUGCUUGCCAAAGAUGCUGCUGCUGAUGCUUGGUUGGGAUGUUUCUGCUCAGAUGCUGCUGCUGAUGUCAUAUGUAUUUUAUGAGGAUUUUUUUUUUAAUGCGGAUUUGUUUGAUGCUGAUGUUAUAUGUAUUUUAUGAGGAUUUGAUGUGAUUUUUGAUGCAAGAUUCACUUAGUUAGGGCUCUUUAUUGUAGUUUAGUGGCUUUUAUGUAUGAAAGGUUGGAUUUUUAUUUGUUUUUUA